UCCCCCUUUGCGUUCCGAGGCGCUCCGUCGCGGCGGGGCCUUUUCUCGUGUAUCAAAAGAAUGUACCGCUAGAUGUUCGCAUUGCAUGGCAUGCUCUUCGCUCUUUCUUUUCUUCUUUUCCCCUCGUCAUGUACUUCACCUCGCACUGAUUACGACUCCCGGUAACUCGUAGCGCAAGUUAUGCUCUGUCAUCGCCACGGUGCAUUAGCGUACUGACCACCCCGAUUGGGCAGUCGCUGAAGAGGGGACAACCCGAGGCUUCUUUUUUCAUUGUUAAGGCAGUGUCUCAAUCUCACUCGCAGUCGAUUUUGUCUCGUUUCUCCCUCACGCGGCUUCAGUUUGAAGGCUGCGUGAGGUGGCUCUGGGUGCUACGUACUUUAGGUAGUUGACGCUCAAGAUAAUUGUCGUUGGUGACGCUACGGCUCCGGAAGUAGAGAGGCCGCGGAGGAAUGUUGUAGCGUGAUUGAUUGUGGAGGAGCCUGGUGUUGUUGGCAUAGGAGUCGCUUGCAUCGGCACCAGCAGCACCGUCGCGGUCAGAUGCUGGAGCUUGGGAUGAGCAUGUCACGGACGAAUUUGAGCCAGGCCACGGAAUAAAACCUCAGAGCCGGCGAUGGAGCCAAGCAGGCGGACGAUGUCGGGUGGGUAUGCCAAUAAUCCGCCCCCGGGAAUGGGGCCUCCCAGGGGGGGAGGCACCCAGCAAUGGUCGUUGAGCAAUCAGAUGAAUCGGGGUGAGGACUGGCCGAGAGGAAGCCCUCGCAACGGGCAACAAGGCAAUGUGGAACAGUGGGGAUUAGGUGCGGUCGGGGAAGGGAGACCGCCUAGCUUGUCGUCGUACUCGUGGAGCAUGUCGAGCGAGAGAGGAGACAUGGCGGGACUGUCGUCGUCUCCGCACGUGGACGGCAGCCUGGAGAACCUGGAGCCGAUGAGGGGGGUGGAUGGCAGCAACUUCUCGACGUCGUUUUCGGCAAUUUUUGACAAAAUGAGAUUGUCGGAGUCGGAGAACCGCGUGGUGCAGUCACUGGACACGGCUUCGGCGCACUUGAUCAACGAUCUGGAUGCGGACGACAAUUUGGCGUAUGGGUCGUUGGAGGAGCUGGAGUUACACACGAUUGGGAACCUGCUUCCGGACGACGACGAUCUGUUGGCGGGGGUGGUGGACGACUACGACGCGUCGCAGAACAGGAGGGAAGAGAAUGCGAACAACGAGGAACUGGAGGAGUUCGAUCUGUUCAGUUCGGGAGGGGGGAUGGAGCUGGAAGGGGACGCGCAGGACGGGGUGGGAGGGUACGCGAGUAACCAUCGGAUAGGGGACGGUUCGGGAGCGGGACAGCAAAGCGGGGCUGCGGGGUCGGUGGCGGGGGAGCAUCCAUACGGGGAGCAUCCGUCGAGGACGCUGUUCGUGCGGAACAUAAACUCGAACGUGGAGGAUACGGAGCUGAAGCAGCUGUUUGAGCAAUACGGGGCGAUCCGGACGUUGUACACCGCAUGCAAGCACAGAGGGUUCGUGAUGAUAUCGUACUAUGACAUCCGGGCAGCGCGCAGCGCGAUGAGGGCGCUGCAGAACAAACCGCUGAGGCGGAGGAAGCUGGAUAUCCAUUUUUCGAUCCCUAAGGACAAUCCAUCGGACAAGGACGUAAACCAGGGGACGCUUGUGGUGUUCAACUUGGACGCAUCAGUGUCGAACGACGACCUGCGGCAGAUAUUUGGAGCUUAUGGCGAAGUGAAAGAGAUUCGCGAAACGCCGCACAAGCGGCACCACAAGUUCAUCGAGUUCUACGAUGUCCGGUCAGCGGAGGCAGCAUUGCGGGCUUUGAACAGAAGCGACAUAGCCGGGAAGCGCAUCAAGCUGGAGCCAAGUCGACCAGGUGGAGCGCGUCGGAGCAGCAGCUUGCUUCAACAGCUGAACCAAGAGUCAGGGGACGAAGAUGUGCGGUCUCGGCAGCAGGCGCUGUCUCCGUUGAACACAUCGCCUCCGAGGCAUGCGUCGAUGUGGAGCGGGGGCGGCGAGAACGGGGCAGUUCGAGGAAUGCAUGCGACACUGGGUUACGGAAGCUUUCAGUCACCGAGCAAGCCGCCGAACAGUCCGAACUUGGCGUCACACAUGUCUCAGCCGAUCAGGGUGGGAACGAUCGGGAGUCACGUGGCGCAAGCGAACCACAUGGAAGCAGCGGGGCACUCGUUGGGGCACAUGGGAGGAGGCGGGCAUCGGUUGCCGCCUCAUCCACACUCGCUGCCAGAGUUCAGCAAGGGAAUUCUGAACCCGGGGCAGUUCGCAUCUCCCGGGUCGGGGGCGUCGAUGUCGAGCGCAGUGGGUGCGAGGGGUCGGGAAGGGCGGGAGAGCAUGGAGGUUGGGAGUCGAUUACAACGGACGACGGGUGGGGCUGGCAGCUUCGGUGACACGUCGGGGCUAGAGCACGGCAGCGGAGUGCGUGCAGUGCUGUCCGGAGGGAGCGGGCUUCUGUAUCCGAGUUCGAACGGCAACGGAUCGGCGUCCGGGCAGCAGUUCAGUCUGUGGGGAGGUUCGGGUUCGUCAUUUUCUCACAUAUCGGGGAGUCCUCCGCCGGUGCUGUGGGCGAACCCGUCGUCGAUGGGGCAGGCGUUCAACGCAAUCGGGCAGACACAGGCGCAGUCGCACGCGUACAGCAGCGGCAUGCUGGCGAGUCUGUCGCGUCACCACGUGGGUUCAGCUCCAUCGGGAGAGCCGUCGUUAUUGGAGCGACGGCACAGCUACAUGGGAGGCGAGUCGUUGGUGGAGAGCGGCGCCCUGAUGAGGUCUUCAUCAGGCACAGGUCUGGGUGGAAACGCAGCUCAUGCGAUGAACAUCGGCGGCGGAAGCAGCCAACAUGGUGUGAUGAACAUGAGCAGUUCAGUGGGGGGAAACUGUGGGAUGGAGCAUGCGUCGUCGCCGAACAUGGGGAUGAUGUCACCACAGAACCGUGCACGGUUUCUGCAAAACGGAGGUGUGCUGGGGACGAGUUCGAUAGAGGGUCUGACGGACAGGGGUCGAAGUCGGAGGGGGGAGAGCGGAUCUGCGCAGGCAGACAACAAGAAGCAGUACCAGUUGGAUCUGGAGCGGAUAAUGCGCGGCGAAGAUUUGAGGACGACCCUGAUGAUCAAGAACAUUCCGAACAAGUACACGUCGAAGAUGCUGCUGGCCGCAAUCGAUGAGCAGCAUCGGGGCACAUACGACUUCAUAUACCUUCCCAUCGACUUCAAGAACAAGUGCAACGUUGGGUACGCGUUCAUUAAUAUGACGUCGCCAGCGCGGAUCGUGCCGUUCUACAAAGCGUUCAACGGGAAGAAGUGGGAGAAGUUCAACUCGGAGAAAGUGGCGUCGCUGGCAUACGCCCGGAUUCAGGGCAAAGCUGCUCUGGUGGCUCACUUCCAGAACUCGAGCCUGAUGAACGAGGACAAGCGUUGCCGUCCGAUCCUUUUCCAUUCGGACGGGCCGCACAUCGGAGACCAGGUAGAGUGAGGGGCGGCGGGACAAGUUUUGCGAAGCGAGUGAGGGCGGUUUGUAUGGGAAGAACGGAAGGAGGCAAUGGCGGGGGGCGUAAUUAUUGGACGUGUGGAGGAUUUUUGAGGUGUAGAUAUGCGUAGGAUGAGGCGAGGGUUGGACCAGGGAAGCAGAUGUGCGAAAGAGGUCCGUCGGGCGGGAAGAUGCAAGGAGGCUGGAGAGUCGGGGAUCUAUUUGAAAGAGUCAGAAGUGUAGAUACAUUAGCAUCAGGUUACUGUGGAGCGGGCUGUGAGCACGAUGGAAGGUGGUAGGCGUUGGAAGAGGGAAGUUGGGUCCAACAGGGAGCAGGCGGGGGCGUGCAGGAUGGAGGCAGAGGCGUUGCAGUAAGGCUGGGCUGGAGAGUUUUGUGAGGUGUUGAUUACAAGUUUCGACGGCGAGUGGUGUGACAUGGGUGGGGGUGAAAUUGCGGAACCGUGGCCUGGCGGCAUGUAAAGCACAGAUGAAAUAGUUUGUGUGGUAUUUUGAGGAUGUAAUAAUGCACACGUUAUUUUGGAAUGGCGAAUGUGGUGAAGCUUGGGAAGGUGGUAGCAAGGGCGUUGCGAGCAGCACUGCAAUAAAUUUGCGUCUCUGUUGACUCAUGGUGUGAAGAGUUCGUUGGAUGUGCUAUUUAUAUCUUGAAAUGAUGGUUCAAGAUAUUAUUGGCUUUUAUGAUUGGCUCUAAUAGAGAAAAUUUGUUUUUGAUGGAUUUAUGCAUAUUAUUGAUGCUACUUCCAUCAUAUAAUAUCACCUUAGAAACUAUAUUAUCUACUAAUUCUA